UCUCACUCACUGUUCUCCUUUUCCUUGCCAAUCCCUUAUUCUUAUGUCUCUCAUGACGCUCAAUUCUUUAUAGUAUACACUUUGAUGAAUCCUCAAUAUUCUCCGGCACUACACAUCGACUAAUUCAUUAUGGGCGGUGGUCAAUACUUGGGUCUGAAGGGCAAUGCCCUCCAGAUUGCCAUUGGUGUUAUUGCCGGCAUGGAUUUUUUGCUCUUUGGUUACGAUCAGGGUGUGACCGGUGGUUUGUUGAAUCUGGAGUCGUUCAUCAGCGUCUUUCCUUCUAUCGCAACCACCGGAGCCGAGUAUGGGGAUCUUUCUGGUCCGGAGAAGAGCGCUCGCUCGACGGAGCAGGGAAUCGUUGUCGCCGCUUAUAACUUGGGAUGUUUCGCCGGUUCAAUCCCCACAAUCUGGAUCGGAAAUUGGCUUGGACGGCGCAAGACCAUCUUCCUCGGUUCGUUUAUCAUGGUUAUCGGCGCGAUUCUACAGUGUACCGCCUACCAUCUGCCUCAGUUAAUCGUUGGUCGUAUUGUCACCGGUCUCGGAAAUGGAAUGAAUACAUCUACCGUGCCAACAUGGCAAUCCGAAUGCUGCAAGUCCAACCGUCGCGGUCAAAUGGUCAUGAUCGAAGGCGCCAUGAUCACCCUGGGUAUCACCAUCAGUUACUGGAUCGACUUUGGUCUUCUCUUCGCCGACCCGAACCCCGUGGCCUGGCGCUUCCCGCUGGCCUUCCAGAUCUUCUUCGCCCUUAUCAUUCUGGCGUUUGUCAUGUUCCUUCCUGAGUCGCCUCGCUGGCUCGUGCUCAGUGGCCGCGAACAUGAUGCUCAGGAGGUACUCACGGCGUUGUUGGAUGAUACCCCAGACUCGACCCUGGUACAGAACGAGCUCAUUGCCAUCAAGGCUACCGUCCUUGAGAUGUCCAAGGGCUCGUUUAGCGACAUGUUUACCAUGACCGAAGACCGUCAUUUACAUCGUACCAUGUUGGCCUACGUCAAUCAGAUGUUCCAGCAAAUCUCAGGGAUCAACCUGAUUACCUACUAUAUCCCCAAACUACUCGAGGACCAAGUCGGAAUGGAUCCAGUUACAUCCCGCUUAAUCUCCGCCUGUAACGGCACUGAAUACUUCCUCGCCUCCCUAAUCGCCAUCUUCACCAUUGAGAAAUUCGGACGUCGCACGCUCAUGCUUUUCGGUGCUGCCGGGAUGUCCCUUUCCAUGGUCGUCCUCGCCAUCACCUCAUCCAUCGCCAAUACCCCGGCGAACAUCGUCUGCUGUGUGUUCCUGUUUGUCUUUAACACCUUCUUCGGUAUCGGUUGGCUUGGUAUGACCUGGCUAUACCCGGCAGAAAUCGUGCCGCUAAAGAUUCGUGCUCCGGCCAACGCAUUGGCGACUUCGUCCAAUUGGAUCUUCAACUUCCUCGUUGUCAUGAUUACUCCAGUGGCUUUUGACAACAUUGGUUACCAGACCUAUAUAAUUUUCGCAGUCAUCAACGCCUUCAUCUUCCCCGUCACCUACUUCUUCUACCCCGAAACCACCCGCCGCUCCCUCGAAGAAAUGGACCGCAUCUUCCGCAAAACCACCAGCGUCUUCAAUCUCGUCCGCACCGCCCGCGAUGAACCACACAUGUACGGCAAGAAAGGCGAGCUCCUCCACACCGUCGACGACGUCGAAGAUGCUGCCGUACACGCCGCGCGCCAAGUCAGCAUCGCUGGUGGGACGCACAAGGAGCACCGCGAACAUAUCGAGAAUGAGAAGUUUGAGGGAGAUGGUAGUUCGGAUCGUUCAUAAACGGGUUGUUUUUUUUUUUUUUUUUUUGCUGCUAUGUUUGGAUGUGAUGUUUUACGAGACCCAUGUUUUUAUUACUGGAUUGGUUAUGGUGGUCUUUUGGGACGUAUAUAGCUGGAUAUUUGGUGUUUGUUAUAAAUAUACCUAUUUGAUUGUGCAAUUUUGGGCUUGGGUGUUUCAUUGCAUGCAUAGACUCCGACUUGGUGAAGAUGCUGGUUGCGAUUUGAGCUAUUCACAGCAGUGUAUACAGAGUAAAUUAAAUGUUUACUGCUCAAG